AAAAGAAUCCAUGAAAUCUUUAGAGACAAUUUUAACGUGAUCUUGAAAUACAGAGUUGUUGGACCGUUUAUUAGGAGUGCCUCUGCUUUUCUCUGGUCAUCGCCCGGUGUUUGUUUUUUAACAUGUUUGCAGUGGAUUUAUUGUGAUGCCUUUUAAAACUGAAAGUCACCCCAAACAUUUUUUUUAAAAAUGGAAGGUGCCUUUUGGGCUUUACUUUCUUUUGCGUUUGUGGCUUUGGCGACUGGAGCUCUCAUUCCAGAACCAGAAGUAAAGAUCGAAGUGCUCCAUAAACCAUUCAUUUGCAAGAGGAAGACCAAGCUGGGAGACAUGAUGUUGGUGCACUAUGAAGGCUACUUAGAGAAAGAUGGCUCCCUCUUUCAUUCCACCCACAAGCAUAACAAUGGCCAGCCUACGUGGUUUACUCUUGGCAUAAAGGAAGUUAUCCAAGGCUGGGAUAAAGGUUUGACACAGAUGUGUAUAGGAGAGAAACGCAAGCUAAUAGUACCUCCAUCGCUGGGUUAUGGAAAAGAAGGGAAAGGAAAAAUACCACCGGAGAGCACACUGAUCUUCAACAUUGACCUUUUAGAAAUCAGAAAUGGACCAAGAUCUCAUGAGUCCUUUCAAGAAAUAGAUCUUAAUGAUGACUGGAAGCUAUCCAAAGAGGAGGUAAAAAUCUAUUUGAAGAAGGAAUUUGAAAGGCAUGGGGCCACAGUCAAUGACAGCCACCAUGAUACUUUGGUUGAAGACAUAUUUGACAAAGAAGAUGAGGAUAGUGAUGGAUUUAUAUCUGCAAGGGAGUUUGUUUAUCAGCAUGAUGAGCUAUAAAACAUUUUGAAGCAAUUCCCAGCAUGGGAAACCAAAGACCUGAAGAACUAACACUUCUAAAACUUUUUUCUUUGCGUUAUGGAGCUGCCUGUUACUCAUGGAAAGGGGGAAUUGCAUUGCUGUUUUUUGGGUUUUUUUACAUGAACUGCUCUUGAUACCAAAUGUGACUGUUUUAUAUAUAAAAUGGAAGCAUUUUAAAGUAAGGCUUCUGUUCAAAUGAGACUUUAAAUAGGAAGCCUCAUUAUGUAUUAAUUUAUUUUUGAAAAGUAUAACACAAAAACCUUUCCAGUGAUUAUUUUUUAAAAUUACAUACCUGCAC